AUGCCACGCAGUUCUGGAGCUGGAUACAGCUGCCCCCACAGGGACCCCAACAUGCCAGACAUCAGAGAGGUCCUGCAGGACAGCCGACAGGACACCACUGUGGGGACCACCCAAGAAAACUCAAAAACUGGCUCCCUGACUGAUGGGCAGACACUCUCCAAAGAGUCCCUAAGCCGUGCUCUUGAGCUCUCAGCCCCAGAGAAGGCAAAGGAUGCCCAGGUGAAUGCUGCAGAGGAGGCACUAUGGACGACUCAGGCCGAUGGGCGGGUACGCCUGCGCACAGACCCCAGCUGCCCACAGCUUCCCUACACUGUGCAUCGGAUGUUCUAUGACACCCUGGACAAGUAUGGGGACCUCAGCGCUCUGGGCUUCAAACGCCAGGACAAGUGGGAGCAUAUCUCUUACUCCCAGUACUACCUGCUUGCCCGCAGAGCCGCCAAGAGCUUCCUGAAGCUUGGCCUGGAGCGGGCCCACAGCGUGGCCAUCCUUGGCUUCAACUCCCCAGAGUGGUUCUUCUCUGCGGUGGGAACCGUGUUUGCAGGUGGCAUCGUCACCGGCAUCUACACAACCAGCUCCCCUGAGGCCUGCCAGUACAUUGCUCAUGACUGCCGCGCCAACGUCAUCGUGGUGGACACGCAGAAGCAGCUGGAAAAGAUCUUGAAGAUCUGGAAGCAGUUGCCACAUCUAAAGGCAGUAGUGAUGUAUAAAGAGCCUCCCCCAGAGAAGACAGCCAACGUGUACACGAUGGAAGAAUUCAUGGAGCUGGGGAACGAGGUGCCAGAGGAGAGCCUGGAUGCCAUCAUUAAUGACCAGCAGCCCAACCAGUGCUGUGUGCUGGUGUACACGUCAGGCACCACCGGCCCCCCCAAGGGGGUGAUGCUCAGCCAAGACAAUAUCACGUGGACAGCACGGUACGGCAGCCAGGCUGGCGACAUCCAGCCAGCAGAAGUGCAGCAGGAGGUGGUGGUCAGCUACCUGCCCCUCAGCCACAUCGCUGCCCAGAUCUACGACUUGUGGACCGGCAUCCAGUGGGGGGCCCAGGUCUGCUUUGCUGAGCCUGACGCCCUUAAGGGGACGCUGGUGAACACUCUGCGGGAGGUGGAGCCCACAUCCCACAUGGGGGUGCCACGGGUGUGGGAGAAGAUCAUGGAGCGGAUCCAGGAGGUGGCAGCUCAGUCUGGCUUCAUCCGGCGCAAGAUGCUACUGUGGGCCAUGUCGGUGACCUUGGAGCAGAACCUCACCUGCCCCAGCAGUGACUUGAAGCCCUUCACAACUAGAUUGGCAGAUUACCUGGUGCUAGCCAAGGUCCGCCAGGCACUGGGCUUUGCCAAGUGUCAGAAGAGCUUCUACGGAGCAGCACCCAUGACCGCAGAGACACAGCACUUCUUCCUGGGCCUCAACAUUCGUUUGUAUGCAGGCUAUGGCCUUAGUGAGACCUCAGGCCCCCACUUUAUGUCCAGCCCCUACAACUACCGGCUGUACAGCUCAGGCAAAGUGGUGCCAGGCUGCCGGGUGAAGCUGGUGAACCAGGAUGCAGAGGGCAUUGGGGAGAUCUGCCUGUGGGGCCGCACCAUCUUCAUGGGCUACCUCAACAUGGAGGACAAGACACGUGAGGCCAUCGACGAGGACGGCUGGCUGCACACAGGUGACGCCGGCCACCUGGAUGCUGAUGGCUUCCUCUAUAUCACAGGGCGCCUCAAAGAACUAAUCAUCACAGCCGGUGGGGAGAAUGUGCCCCCUGUGCCCAUCGAGGAGGCUGUGAAAGUGGAGCUGCCCAUCGUCAGCAACGCCAUGCUGAUCGGGGACCAGAGGAAGUUCCUGUCCAUGCUGCUCACUUUGAAGUGCACUCUGGACCCAGAAACCUCUGACCCAACUGACAACCUCACUGAACAAGCUGUGGAGUUCUGCCAGAGGGUGGGCAGCAAAGCGACCACGGUGUCCGAGAUUGUGGGGAAGAGGGAUGACGCUGUGUAUCAGGCCAUUGAAGAGGGGAUCCAGAGGGUCAACAUGAAUGCCGCAGCCCGACCCUACCACAUCCAGAAGUGGGCCAUUCUUGAGCGCGACUUCUCCAUUUCAGGUGGAGAGUUUGGUCCCACAAUGAAACUGAAGCGGCUCACAGUUUUGGAGAAGUACAAAGAUAUCAUUGACUCUUUUUAUUAAAAGGAGAAAAUGGAACCAGGGGCCAUGCUUCAAGUUUCUUCAGGACAGACGGCAGGCCUUCCGAGCAUCUUCCUGAGCCCUGGUCUCUUCAGUCUGGGCAUGGGCACUCUUCUGGGCAAGUCUGUUAGGUCUCCAGGCAAGGAUAUGGCACCAGCACCUCAUAUGCCAAUCUUACCCCAACAAUAGCUGACAGUUCUGAGAAGCUCCACAUGUGGGUAGUUUUAGUUCUAUUUAAGUACUGCUUU